AGUCCUGUACUAGUUUUCUCCUGCAAUCCAAUCCAAUCCAAUCCAAUCCAUUGCACACGUGUGAUAUGCAUAUAUAGCACUUAUAAAAUAUAUACUAGUCGAUAGCAUCUGGUGAGAGAGAGUGAGAUAGCAGAAUGACGGUUCAAGAUGAAAACGUGGGUCCAUCUUCUCUAGAGAUACAGCAAUCGGGGCAGGCGAAGGCGCCGAUGAAAGUAGUAAUUGUGGUGGCGGCGAUAGCGGCGGGAGUGCAAUUCGGGUGGGCCCUACAGCUGUCCCUGCUAACCCCAUACGUGCAGCUGCUGGGAGUUCCCCACACGUGGGCUGCCUUCGUGUGGCUGUGCGGCCCCAUCUCCGGUUUGCUGGUGCAGCCCAUCGCCGGCUACUACAGCGACAACUGCACCUCCCGCUUUGGGCGCCGCCGCCCCUUCAUCGCUGGCGGAGCGAUCCUCGUUGCGAUAGCCGUCUUCCUCAUCGGUUUCGCCGCCGACAUCGGUGUCGCCAGCGGCGAUCCUACCGGCAAGGCUCCGAAGCCAAGGGCCACCGCCGUGUUCGUGGUCGGGUUCUGGAUCCUCGAUGUUGCGAAUAACACGUUGCAGGGGCCAUGUAGGGCUUUGCUGGCGGAUUUAUCAGGCGGAGAAGCUCGGAGAAUGAGCACAUCAAACGCGCUCUUCUCCUUCUUCAUGGCGGUGGGGAACGUCCUCGGGUACGCGGCCGGCUCCUACACUCACCUCUACAAAAUCUUGCCCUUCUCGAAAACGGAGGCGUGCGACGUCUACUGUGCGAAUCUGAAGGUGUGCUUCAUGAUCGCCAUCGCCAUCCUGCUAAUCAUCACCAUCCUGGCCCUGGUGUUUGUCCGCGAGACCCCUCAGGAGGCGGCGGAGCCAGAUCCGGCGAAGAAGGGCCAGAUCCCGGUGUUCGGGGAAUUAUUCGGUGCACUCAAGGAGCUCCCGAGGCCGAUGUGGAUCGUGAUGCUGGUCACGGCAUUCAACUGGGUGGCGUGGUUCCCAUUCCUUCUCUUCGACACGGACUGGAUGGGGAGGGAGGUCUACGGCGGCAAAGUCGGCGAGGGCACUCUCUACGACCAGGGCGUGCGCGCCGGCGCCUUGGGCCUCAUGAUCAACUCUGUCGUUUUGGGCUUCGCCUCGCUCGGUGUGCAGUUCUUGGCUAAGGGCUACGUCGGGGUCAAGAAGAUCUGGGGCGGCGCCAAUUUCAUCCUUGCCAUCGGCAUGGCCUUGACCGUCAUCGUCACCAAGGCCGCACAAAACUCGCGCCACUAUGGCCCCGACGGCGCUCUCCAGCCCCCCGAAUCCGGCGUCAAGAUUGGAGCUUUGGCCGUCUUUGCAUUCCUCGGCAUUCCUCUCUCCGUCACCUUCAGCAUUCCAUUUGCUAUGGCCUCCAUUUUUUCCAGCGACUCCGGUUCAGGACAAGGCCUAUCACUUGGACUUCUAAACCUUGCAAUAGUUGUUCCGCAGAUGUUUGUUUCCGUCUUAAGUGGCCCCUGGGACGCCCUCUUCGGCGGCGGAAACCUACCCGCCUUUGUUGUUGGGGCCGUCUCAGCCGCCGUCAGUGGUGUUUUGGCCCUCACCAUGCUCCCGUCGCCGCCUGCCGACGCCAUGGAAAAUCAGGGUUUGACUGCCGGAGGGCCUCACUAGCUACCAACUCAUUAUCCAUCUUCAAAUUCAUUUGUUUUAGUCCCCUUCAAUUAAUUUGGUCGUUUAAUUUUCAAUUUUUGGGCGUCUAAUUAUUGCCCUCUCUACCUAGCUCGCUCUUAAUUAUAUCUUCAACUUUGACCGAAUUAAUUAAUUUGUACACGCUAUGCGUGAGCUGUGACUAUAUUUUUUUAUAUCAAUAAUGAACAUGAUGAUCGUCUGUGAUGCCUAAA